GCCGAGCAGAGAGAGAGACUGCAAAAAGAAAGAGAGCCAUCUCUUUGUUUUGCGCCUCCUUCUUCACUUGUCCCUCCCAGAGAGCUUCUUCUCCGCAGAGCCAAACACCAACCAAUCUACAGCGCAGAGAUGAACGCAGCAGCAGCAACCGAUGGCGCCAAGGCCGCUCCUCCCAAGUUCAAGCAGAAGGAGUCCAGGCAGUUCAAGAGCAAGGCUCCUAAAGCUGGACAGAAGGGAUUCGACAACGAUGUUCCAGGGAUGGAGGGCCUUGGCGACUCGGCGGUGGUCUGCCCCUGGGAGGCGUACGGCGACAUGGAGCUGAAUGAACUGGCCCAGUUUGGCAUCAUCUAAACCUUCUACCAGCGCUGGCGCAUUUCUUUAUUCUUGGCGGCUGCGAUCCAGCAGCUUUUUUGCUCUGCUUUUGAGUUCUCACCCUCUUUCUGGGCAUUGAGAUGAGCUUCGGUCGGUACCAUUUGAAGAGGACAGAAGGAGCCAGAGGGAUUGGUGUUCUCCUCUCCUCGACGGUGGAGGAAGAAGCUCUUGGACGGCAGCCCCCAAGCACCGCUCCUCUCCCGUCCUGGACAUCCACACGCCAUCAGCUGGAAGAUUUAGUGUCUCUGGAGUCUGUAUUCUCUGUACAUACAUCUGAAUGAGAUGUCGCUCUGUCUCUGUUGUGGCCUUGGUCUCCUCUGUAGCCCAGACCUUGUGUAAAAGUGUGACACACUGUACCGGUACUUGGGUUUAAGUGAGGGGAUGAAGGGAUCAGCUGACAAUAAAUACACCUUUAAAUAUCAUAGAAGAGUGGAAAGGUAGAUUGCCUCGCAUUUUGGCCAAAUAAAUUGGAAAUACACAAUUGUAAAUAUCUAUCUAUCUACCUAUAUCUAUCUAUCUAUCUAUCUAUCUAUCUAUGUACUUAUCUACCUAUCUACCUAUCUAUUAUAUUAUUCAUGCAUGUUACAGAGUCAAUAUAUUUAUAUGAAGAGGUGUUUGUUAUG